UGAGUCGGAGUCGCGCAAGUAUCGACCCGAAAUCAUGUGACUCGCUCUCCGCGUGAGUUUGUGGUCUCCGAGGCUGCUGUCAUUGCGAUGCUUGUUGCACAUUUGCGCCACUAGUUUUAUAUUCUAAUCCGAAGGCUUGAUUAGACGUUCGAAAGCAGUUUUCCUAUUUUAGCAACAUGAUUCCUCAGAGUUCCGCCUCGAACUCCCUCAAGGUGACAUUCCUGGUGCACUUCUUGCUGAUCGCCUGGGGUGUGCAGGGCGCCUGGAGCCCCGAUUCCUAUCUCUUCUACAACGCCUUCUUCCUGAUUACUCUGCUGUGGUCGAUGCACAGCCCGGACUCAGAAGACCCUGUCCAAAUGGGUCUAUGCGUCAACCUGAUCUGCAUUGUUUUAGACAUUAUUGUCAUUAGUGUGUACUACCCUUCGUUUAUUAGUCUAAUGGGCAGCGAGAGAUUCAGCGUCGGCAUGGCAAUCAUCAACCUGCUGCUGCGUCCGGUUUCGUGUUUCGGCCUGUACCGCGGCCUCCAGGACAGGGUGGGCUCUACAAGCGUCACCAUCCUUCCGACCGGUGGUACCAACGUCUUCGGAAACAUGACAGACGACCCCUCGCGGCCCUUACGAGGACAUGGACCAAAGCAGGGGACAGCCACCGGUAGUACCCCAGGCGUCGGCCGCCACAGCUGACAAGACUUACUACAACAUUGGAUAACCACCGAAAUAUUCUUUUUUCCUUUUUACAAGCACUGAUUGAUUUCAAGAAAGCAAUUUUCUGCUGGGAAGAUGAUUUAUUCACAAAAUUUCAAAUACUCUGAAUUGCAUAUCGCUAUUUUAUUUUUGGACCAUUUGUGAUUUUUAUCACCCUCCUGUUGGAAAAUUGUGUUUGUUAACAACGUAUUAAAUCAAAAGAUGAUCAUAUUACUGCCAUAUUUUCAGUGCAUUUGCUUUUUACUAAAAACAAGCGGAGCAAUUUAUACUAACUGCACGGGACAGUCAAAGCUUAAAUUAAGAUGUAAGUAAGAAAAAGUGAUAUGCUAAUCAUUCCAAUAAUUGAAGCAGUAUUUUUCGUUUAAAUUCAAGCUCUCUUCUUUAAAUAUAGUCGUCUAGGAAAUUGUUAUACAUAUUGUCAUGUGCUUAAAAUGUGAUGUUUGAUGUAAUUACGGUAAUUAUUGUGUUGAUGAAAUCAAGAGUUAAUUUAAUUGCUGUCUCCAAAA